GGUGUGGGAGGUGUGGUGGGCGGGGCUCUGGGCCGGAGGUUUUGUUGUGAGGGUCGGUUGUCAAGCAGCCGCCAAUCAGAGCAGGGGAUGGAAGCAAGUGGGGGUCGCUCCUGGAGCAGCGAGCGUCUCGGCCUCGGGAGCCGCAGUUGCAGGCCGGUGUUGAGCUGAGAUGGCUCCAGUCUGACGCCCGGAGCUCCUGGACCGCGGUGGCUGGACACAGGCUGCUGCUGUUGCCUGCGGCGGAUGGUUUAAAGGCAGCUCAGGGCCAGGAGAGAAGGCAUUCCCCCUGCCUGGAUGUGUGGGAACUCCCUGCCAACUUGAUUGGUGGAUCUGGGGGGGAUCCGCCCCCCACCCCAGCAGGAAAGCGCAGUCCGGUAUUGUGGGCGGAGCCUCAGGUGCCAGCCCCUGAAGAAUGGCCACCCCCGUGGUCACCAAGACAGCCUGGAAGUUGCAGGAGAUCGUCGCCCACGCCAGCAAUGUGUCCUCGCUGGUGCUGGGCAAGGCCUCCGGGCGGCUGCUGGCGACGGGCGGGGAUGACUGCCGCGUCAACCUGUGGUCCAUCAACAAACCCAAUUGCAUCAUGAGCCUGACGGGCCACACAUCCCCCGUGGAGAGUGUCCGCCUCAACACCCCCGAGGAGCUCAUCGUGGCCGGCUCCCAGUCGGGCUCCAUCCGCGUCUGGGACCUGGAAGCUGCCAAAAUUCUGCGCACGCUCAUGGGGCACAAAGCCAACAUCUGCAGCCUGGAUUUCCACCCCUAUGGCGAGUUUGUGGCCUCGGGCUCCCAGGACACAAACAUCAAGCUGUGGGACAUCAGGAGGAAAGGCUGCGUCUUCCGAUACCGGGGCCACAGCCAGGCCGUGCGGUGUCUGCGGUUCAGCCCCGACGGGAAGUGGUUGGCGUCGGCUGCAGAUGACCACACAGUGAAGCUCUGGGACCUGACUGCCGGCAAGAUGAUGUCCGAGUUCCCGGGCCACACGGGGCCCGUGAACGUGGUGGAGUUCCACCCCAACGAGUACCUCCUGGCCUCCGGCAGCUCUGACAGGACAAUCCGGUUCUGGGAUCUGGAGAAAUUCCAGGUGGUGAGCUGCAUCGAAGGGGAGCCAGGGCCCGUGAGGAGCGUCCUCUUCAACCCCGACGGCUGCUGCCUGUACAGUGGCUGCCAGGACUCACUGCGCGUCUACGGCUGGGAGCCCGAGCGCUGCUUCGACGUGGUCCUCGUCAACUGGGGCAAGGUGGCCGACCUGGCCAUCUGCAACGACCAGCUGAUAGGCGUGGCCUUCGCCCAGAGCAACGUCUCCUCUUACGUGGUGGACCUGACGCGGGUCACCAGGACAGGCACGGUGGCCCAGGACCCCGUGCAGGACAGCCGGCCCCUGGCGCAGCAGCCCCCCAACCCCAGCGCCCCGCUCCGGCGCAUCUAUGAGCGGCCCAGCACGACCUGCAGCAAGCCUCAGAGGGUGAAGCAGAACUCGGAGAGCGAGCGCCGCAGCCCGAGCAGCGAGGAGGACCGGGACGAGCGCGAGUCCCGCGCGGAGAUCCAGAACGCCGAGGACUACAACGAGAUCUUCCAGCCCAAGAACAGCAUCAGCCGGACACCGCCCCGAAGAAGCGAGCCCUUCCCAGCACCCCCAGAGGAUGACACGCCCGCGGCGAAGGAGGCAGCGAGGCCCAGCCCUGCCAUGGACGUGCAGCUCCCCACGCCAAAUCUCGAGGCCCCGCCCCGGCCCCCCGUCAUCACCUCCACAUCUGCACCCAAGGGUGAGCCCGCCAUCAUCCCUGCCACCCGGAAUGAGCCCAUUGGGCUCAAGGCCUCCGACUUCCUGCCUGCCGUGAAGAUCCCCCAGCAGGCGGAGCUGGUGGACGAGGAUGCCAUGUCGCAGAUCCGCAAGGGGCACGACACCAUGUGCGUGGUGCUCACCAGCCGCCACAAGAACCUGGACACCGUGCGUGCCGUGUGGACCACGGGCGACAUCAAGACCUCGGUGGACUCGGCGGUGGCCAUCAAUGACCUCUCGGUGGUGGUGGACCUGCUGAACAUCGUCAACCAGAAAGCCUCCCUGUGGAAGCUGGACCUGUGCACCACCGUCCUGCCGCAGAUCGAGAAGCUUCUGCAGAGCAAGUAUGAGAGCUACGUCCAGACGGGCUGCACCUCCCUGAAGCUGAUCCUGCAGCGGUUUCUGCCCCUCAUCACAGACAUCCUGGCAGCGCCGCCCUCCGUGGGCGUGGACAUCAGCCGGGAGGAGAGGCUGCACAAGUGCCGGCUCUGCUACAAGCAGCUCAAGGGCAUCAGUGGCCUCGUCAAGAGCAAGUCGGGCCUGAGCGGCCGCCACGGCAGUGCCUUCCGCGAGCUGCACCUGCUCAUGGCCAGUCUAGACUGAGGUGCCCCCAGGGGGCCAGCGCCUGCUCCCCGCGUCUUCACCGGCCUGCAAGCCCCUGCCUGGCCCCUGCCGCCACCCCGAGCUGUCCUGGAGGAGGCGACGCUGGGCCCUCGGCACCUCCAGAGCCUCGAACUCAACUCCAGCAAUGGCUGCCCAGCUCUGCCUGCUUAGGCAGCGAACUGAGCCCCAGGGCUGCUACUGUAAUUUAUAAGGUGAAUUUUAUUAAAUUUGUAACUCUU